AUGGUCUCAGACCAGAGCCCUCAACAUCGCUUGCAGAGCCCCCUCUUCGAGUCGCCAGAUUCUCAGCAGGGGAUGUCGCUGGCCCCGGAACCAAUGCACAAGGUCGAAGACGCAAUGUCCCAGAUAGCGAAGAAAGAGAGCACGCCAGUCAAUCCUGGGGGCGACGAUAACUCGCGAAAGAGAAAAGCAAGCUACAGUGACCUCGACAGCAUCGAUUUAGACGAGCUCGAUGACGACGACGGCGAAGACCUUGUGCCUCCCCAUCAGCCCGACGAAGAACCCCUCCCGAAUCAUCCGAUAUAUCACCGCGAGGUCCCGACCGUUCAGGCCUACUGCACGCAGAUGGUGCACCGCUUUCAGGAGCAGAUCAAGAACGGUACCUAUCACGAUGACGAGACGAAGUACCUCUUGGAACUGUUCGAGAAAUUAGAGCAUCCGCCACACGAGACGGAUGUGGUGCAAAUUGGUAUUGUCGGAGACGCUGGGCAGGGGAAGUCUUCCACUCUGAACUGCAUCCUCGGCUGUGAUAUUGCAGACUAUGGAGAUGAUGGCGACAGCUGCACGUGCGUGGUGCAAGAGUACGCGCAGGCCAGCCCAACGCAAACAACACCCUUCAUGGCGGAGAUCGUCUUCUUCAGCCGAAAGGCGUGCGUGGACAUGAUCAAAGAGCACUUUGACCACUACUUCGUACAUUUCACCAACAAGGAUGACAAAGACGACAUGGACGAAGAAGAGCUUGAGAUCAGCCGGCUCAACUCUACGACAGCGCUGUCGACGUUCAUGGCGCUGUUCAAGGGCCAGCGAGAAUUCCACGACAAGGCCUCCGCCGAGGAAUUCCUGCAGACUGCAAUGGCCCCGGAUGAUCUCAACGUGCUCGGCAGGCUUAUCGAAUGGACGGAAGACAUCCUGGACGCGCUUCUCCCCGACCAGGACAGCGAGGAAGACGUCACCCGCAUCAACGCCACUACGGUGUCAUCUCUGAAGAAGCUGACCCAGCCCUUCACAACCACCGUCGAGUACCCCAGCUUCGAAGGCACUUCUCUCCAAUGCUGUCCGUGGCCACUCGUCAAGAAGGUCCGCAUCAACCUGCGAUCCAGGGUGCUCGAGCAGGGCAUCGUCAUUGGCGAUUGCCCCGGCACAACGGACAAGAACCGCUCACGCGUCGAGUCUACCAGACGCUAUCUGCAGGACUGCGACAUCACCAUCGUGGUCAACAAGAUGGACCGCGCCAUCGACCACGCCGCCCUGCACAACCACAUCAACGAAGCGUUCCGCAGGCGGAGAUCGGGCAGUAUCAUCGUCGUGGCGACCCGCGCCGACGACGUCAACAUGAAGGGCAAGCAGGCCUUCCGCUCGACGUCUGCCGAGGAGCGCGCCCUUGCGAAGAUCGACGAGGACGAGGACGCCGUCAACGAGCGCUUCCGGGAGAUCAAAGCCGCGCUCGCGGGAACAGCACUGAGAGGAAAGCUCCGCACACGCCUGAAGCUGCAAAUGCAACGCGAGCUCUGCGAGCGGCAGAAGCAGGACCUGCAACGACGCCGCCUGGAAGUGCGCGUCUGCGCGCGCAACCGCCACGUCCGCGAGGGCAUCUCGGCGCAGUACCACGAGGACACCAAGGACCCCGCGCCGCUGCCCAUCUUCUGCGUCUCGAACACGGUGUAUCUCUCGCACCUCGCGGGGUACUACAGGAAGGAGCCGCCGAUGCUCACGCUGGAGGCGACGGGCAUCCCACCGCUGCGCAACCACGUCCUGGCGAUCCCGUCGAAUGGCAAGUUCGCGUCGCUCGUGCAUCAUUGCCACACGUCGCUGGAGACGGCGCUCAAUACUGUCGAGAUUUCGUGCAGUACGACGAAGCUUAAGCGCAAGGAGGACCUUAAUCGGACGUUUGCGAGAGCGCGGAAUAAUCUGCGCAGUAAUGUGCUGGGCAUUGCGGAGAGGUUUACCGGCCGGCACAUGCAAGUCGUCAUUCAGAUCAUCAGUGAGGAACUCGGGUUUGGAAUUGGAUCGAGUCUGACGCGUGCAAUAGCAGAGAGCGAAACAAAAUGGAUCAACCGCGCCAGACGCAAGUGCGAGAAAUGGGAGAAGCUCAAACCCGCAGGACACAGGGCCGUGACAGCAAAAUACGGUAACUGGAGAACGAAGACGACUCCAGCUCAAGACUGGAACGGCGAGAUGCUCGAAUUCAUCCGAGAAGACCUCGAUCCGCCAUUCGAACGCCUGCACAACUACCAGUGCGACGAUCUCGCCACCGACAUCGCAGAGCGCGUGGGCGACACCAUCGAGCGCCUCGACCGCACACUGAACGUCGAUCCCGCCGCGUCGCUCUCCGGCGCCAUCCUAGCAUUCAAGAAGAACCUCAAAGAGCGCCGCGCCCAAAUCGACCAUCUGCGAGAAAUUCAAGACCGAGCUCAAGAAGACCAUGAGGCGAGUCUGCACCCUUCCCCCUUUCCAAACCCACUAACGAAUCCCAGACUCAUCCAGAUGCGCACCUGCACAGAAGGCGACGCCCACUACUUCACCGCCGCCAUGCAAAAAGUAUACCAGCACGCGCUCGCCGCGCAGAAAGGGCGCGGCUCCGGCUCGACGCUCCACAGCGCGCGCUGCGCCGCCUUCAAGCAAACACUCUGCACGCAUAACGGCACCUUCAUGGAGAUCGCGCACGGCAUCCAGCGCGACUUCGGCCCCCUGUUCGCGGCCGCCGUCGACAGGCUCGUGCGGCAGCUGGACGGCAUCUUUGCGCUGACGCAGCACGAUGUCGAUCAGGUGUGCUCGACGAAGGAGGAUGAUUCGCCCGAGGGCAGGGCGAUGCGCGCGGUGCUGCUGGGGAUGCUGCCGGCGGAAAGGCUGUUUCUGGCGGAGAAGAUUCAGGGGACGUUGAGGGGGUGUCGGGAGUAG